GAAAGAAAACUAGCCGUUGGGGUGACUUGGAUUGGAAAAUAGGUCGUUUUCUGAAAACCAUAACGUUCCAAUCUUAUCAGUUAUCAUCCUCUAUAACCCUUUACUUGCCGCUUUACAUUUCUCCAUCCUUACAGAAUUGACAAAAACACCUUCUUUAGGUUUCAAGAACCGAGUAAAUUAGAGAAGAAUUAGUUGAAGAAAGAGGUUUUUUUUUCUUCCCGUUUUUCUAGGUAAAAGAAAUGGAUGAAUCAUCAUCAUCUUCUUCUUCUUCAGCUUGUCUAGUACGAUCAUUCUCUCAACCUUCUCAAGAGCGCAUUGAGGGAGACCCUUUACGUGCAUUAACAACAUCAGUGUCAUUUGGAAGAUUUAUGUCUGAAUCGCUGGACUGGGUGAAGUGGUCCUCAUUUACUCAUAAUCGGUAUCUUGAGGAAGUUGAGAAGUAUGCAAAGCCUGGUUCAGUUGCUGAGAAGAAAGCUUACUUCGAGGCUCAACACAAAAAAGCAGCUGCUAAAAAAGCUGCAUUGUUGCUAGAACAACAAAAUGCAGCAGUUGAUGAGUCAUCUGAUCUGAAUGUGACGAAUCAAAACAAUGAUCAUUCCACAGUGAACUCUGAAUCGACAGGAACUAGCAGUUAUGUGGGGAGUAUUGAAGAAACACAAAGAGAAGAGGGGGAGUUGAAUGGGACAACUCAAAUUACUGAUGAGUCUCAAAGGGAAUCCGAGUUCACUGAGAAUGGAAGCUAUGGGGGCACUGAGGAAGCACAGGGAGAACAGGAUCAUUUGAGUGUGUCAAAUCCAAGUGUUGAUCAUUGCACAAUGCGCUUUGAGUUGCCCGAGAAUAGUAGCCAUAUGGGUAUUGAAGAAGUGCAGGGAAAUGAUGGAGAUAAUGCAACAACCUGUGGCAGCUAUCCUAUUCAUGAAGAAAUUAACAGGGAAACUACUGGGACUGCAAACUCUAUCCAACAAUCUUAUCCAAUAGAGAAUGAAGUCAAGUCAUUGAAUCAGCCGGAAAAUGUUGUUGUAGAGGUAAGUGAGAAUAUAGCGCAACUGAAGGAGAAAACACAAACAAAGAAUGCCACUAUGGUGGGAGAAUCCAUGCUGUCAAUGAAGAAGAAACCGAAGAAACCAUUAACCUUAAUGACUAGAUUGACAAAUAAGAAUGAACAAUCAAAGUUCAAAUCUCGUGUCAAACCGGUGACAUCUCUGCAACCUAUAGUGACUGAUAAAUCUGCUCCAACUAGUAGAAAGAACGGAAAAGUCCUGAUUGACAAAAAGCAGUCAAAUCCAAAAUCUCUUCACAUGUCAAUCAAGUUUUUUUCUCACAGAGAGGAAACAAAGAAAACAUUAUCUCCGAUUCUUGAGAAGAUAGUUAAUUCAAGACUUGUAAGAUCCAUCACCAAAACCUCUAGAGACAGCAAAGUUCAACAGACUUCAACUCUGGCAUUGGUUAGUGGGACAAAGCGUCCUUCUGAAACCCCUCACCGAGAAAAUAGAAGGGAUAGAAUGAAGCUUGACCAAUCAUUGUGUAGAAGCAGAAAAGAAGAGGGUGAAUUGCUAUCACGCUCAGGAAAUCUCAAAUCUAUAAACAAGCAUGGAAAUAUAGCAUGUUCCCCUACUGUAUUUUCUCCGUUCAGCUUAAGGAGUGAAGAAAGAGCAGCAAAGCGAAGAGAGUUCUUUCAGAAACUAGAACAAAAACUGAACACAGAGGAGGAUGAAAAAGAGCAGCGACAAGACAAACCAAAGGAGAACGCCACCAGUAGUUCUAAAGUGCUUAUAUCAAGAGCUAAACCAAAUCCAAGCAUUCAUCAUGAAAGAGAAUCAUCUAGUAAUCAAAUGAAGAAGGGGAAAGACACCAGUAGUUCUAAAGUGCUUAUAUCAAGAGCAGAACUAAAUCCAAGCAUUCAUCAGGAAAGAGAAUCAUCUAGUAAUCAAAUGAAGAAGGAGAAAGCCACUAGUAGUUCUAAAGUGCUUACACCAAGAGCUAAACCAAAUUCAAGCAUUCAUCAGGAAAGAGAAUUAUCAAGUAAUCAGAUGAAGAAGGAAAAAGCCACUAGUAGUUCCAAAGUUCUUACAACAAGAGCUAAACCAAAUGCACUUAUUUAUCAAUCAAGAGCUGAAUCAAAUGCAAGCAUUCGUUGUGAAAGAAAUUCAUCAAGUAAUCACAUGAAAAAGAUGCCGCGACAACCUUGCUCACCUAAAUUCAGUGGUAAGCCAGUCUCAGAAGUCCAACACAACAAACCUCGACAACCUUGGAGGCUUUCAGGGAAGCCUGAGGGAUCAAAAGAUGUUAAAAGGGAAAACAACCUUCCAAAUCAUUUCCCAGUGAAAGAUAGAUCGGACAAUCCCAAGUCAUUUAUCUGUGAGAGUAUGUGGGAAAAUGCUUCGCCAAAUAUCCUAGUUUAAGACAGACUGCUGCUGAUCCAUAAAGAGCAUUUUCUGAACAUUUAACAAAAUGCUGCUGCUUUUCAAUUAUAAAGUUCCAAGGGCAACAAAUUGGUGCAUACUAACAGGCUGUUAAGACGUUGCUCCAAAUGUCUAAUACAAUAGGGUAUCCAUUUUGUCA